AUGGUGUGCCUACUUGCCCUCAAGAAACGAUCAUUGGAUUUAAUGGUUCUGGACAAUUUUCAUCCAGAAAAUGUGAAGAAUGUGGGUCCAGAGGACCUGGAAGAGAUUAAUUACCUGCAUUCAAUUGAAUUUCAAAUCAAGGCAUAUUAUGGAGAUGAUGACCAGUGGCUUCUCAUACUUGCCCUAUGUCUUUUCCCCGAACACCUGAUUGAAGUUCUAAGCAGAGAACUGGCCCUGGAAUGUGAUUACAAGAGAGAAGCUGCCUGUGCCAAGAAGUUCAGGGAGCUGCUCAAGGAUCAUCCCUUUUUUUACGUCCCUGCUGUGGUGGAUGAGCUGUGUGGUCAGCGUGUCCUUACAACAGAACUUGUGCCGGGGUUUCCACUGGAUCAGGCUGAAGAUCUAAGCCAGGAAAUUCGGAAUGAGAUCUGCCACAACAUAUUGGUUUUGUGCCUGCGGGAGCUAUUUGAGUUCAGGUACAUGCAGACUGAUCCAAACUGGUCUAAUUUUUUCUACGACCCAGAACUGCACAAGGUGGCACUUCUGGAUUUUGGAGCCACACGUGGCUUUGAUGAGAAGUUCACAGAUACCUACAUAGAGUUAAUUAAAGCAGCUGCUGACAUGGAUAGAGAGAGAGUGCUACAGAAAUCAGUAGAAAUGAAAUUUUUAACUGGCUAUGAAAACAAGGCUAUGGAAGAGGCCCACUUGGAUGCUGUCCUUAUUCUUGGAGAAGCUUUUGCAUCCAGUGAACCUUUUGAUUUUGGCUGUCAAAAUACCACUGAAAAGAUACAUGGAUUAAUUCCAGUCAUGCUGAAGCACAGAUUGGUCCCUCCACCAGAAGAGACAUAUUCCCUUCAUCGGAAAAUGGGUGGCUCUUUUCUCANACAGAAUUUGUGCUUAGUUUUAAGUAUACAUAGAGAGAAGUUAUGGAGAUGA